AUGUCAACAUCAGUUGAGAGCAACAAUCUUAGUUUUGUUAACGAUUUGAAUCCUGCAAAAGAUAUGUGGCACAUGAAAGCGAGGAUCAUCCGAAAAUGGAAUCAAGGUUAUAAAAUGGAUCACAUCUUCAUUGAUGAAAACGGUGUUAAGAUUCAAGGAGAUACUAAAAGUCACUUGAUACCUGUUUUUGAUGGACAACUUCAAGAAGAUGCUGUUGUUAUUCUGUCGAAAUUUGGUGUGAGUGAAAAUAAAGAUUUAUAUAAAGUUGUAGCACAUGACUAUAAAAUCAACUUUUAUCGAUGCACAGCUGUAACACCUGUGAGAGAUUGGCAAGAUGUUGUUGGAUCUAUGGUUUGGUGUAGAGAUCUUGAAUUCUUUGGCCAACCUCCAAAAGAAACUAAGAGGGUGAAUUUCGAUAUUCAAGACUUGGAGGGUACGGUUUUGCGAUGUACUAUGUGGAAUGAUUAUGCUCUGCAGUUUAACGACCUCAUCUCUAAAACCCCAGUUCAUGAGCAUGUGAUGGCUGUUAUACAGCAUGGAAAGUGUAAGGAAUGGAAAGUUGUUUCAACACAUGUUAGUCAGACACUUUCCACCACUCAAAUCAUUACCAUUUCAACACCUGCUCAAAAGCAGAAGACACCUACUGACAUAUCAAUAGUUGUAACGAAAACAGAGGUUGAAACACCAGGUGUUCCAACAGUUGUUAGUCACCCAUCCACCACUGCUCUCAACAUUUCUACGUCACAACCAAAAUCCCCUUCACCCAAAAAGCUUUACAAAAGGAAAAGGAAAUUUCAGAAGAAUGCUGAUGAUAUACCAGCACCUAUUCCUUUAUCCUCCACACCUUACAAUGUCAUCAAUCCACAACCACCCACUCAAAUAUCCUCCACUAGAAUUGAAUCUGUUGCUGAGAAAUAUCCACUGGAAUUGGAGGCUGUAAAGGAUGAAAUGAAACAAUUUUAUACAAUAGAUGAUCCUUGGGAAAGAAGAUUUCCUUCUCUCAUUGGCUUCAGGAAUCCAUUAAACAUGAGUGAGUAUCUAAAACUCAAAGCCAGGCAAGCAGAUAUAAGAGCCAGAAUUGAAUGCAAAGAUCAAGGUGAUAAAGCCAUUUCUGAAAGAAUGGAGUUCUUACUCACAAAGGUCAAACAAAUGGAAGAUUAUGCUAAAGACAUGAGCAAAGACAUGUCAAAUAUACCACCUGAUGCUGCCCUACAAAAAGGUAAUGACAAAGGAGUUUCUUGA